UUCAGCUGACGUCACCGAGAAAAAAGCGGAAAAGUCGGUAAAGCAAACGGUUUUCAUAAAUAUAAUAGGACCUAGCUUUCUCUCGACAGCUCAUUUUCAAAGGAGAAGCAAAGAUGCAGAUCUCCGUGCGUUUCAGUUUAAUUUUCGUCGUCGCCGUGGCGUUUCUCGUUGGAAGCCAUGAGGCAUUACCUAGUAUUGGCCAAUGUACUUUCAUGGAGUACUUUUGCGCUGCUCGAAAAUGCGCCACACUUUUCUAUAAAGGACUACAAAAGGACCCCAAAGGAGACUGUUCUGCUAAGUUCAACCAAAUGAAAGACUGCGUGGUGAAGGUGGUGAAGUAUUGUGAUGACUCACUGACAGACAGCACCAUCAGAAAAAUUGUAGACAAGGAUUUAAAGAGCAAAGAAUGUUCUGAAGGCCGCGCUCUAAUACCGCCCUCGUCAGCGGCAUCAUUGCCUUGUUCCAGCUCUUUCGUCACUGAAGCAAACGCCUGUACAAGGACCUUCCGGCAAAUAUUCGUCGCGGACAAAUCGAGUUCCUCUCUUUGCACGGAGGAAGCCAAGAUGAAGAAGUGUCUGAAGAAUCUGAUCCAUUCUGACUGCACUAUUUCCCAUACUGGCCGAGAAGUGUUGAACUUGAGCUUCGCUGAUUACAAUCCUUUCUGCGCAAACAAUCGGGACCCUGGGGCGACCGGAAAUGAUCAGUGCCAUGGCGUGAAAGACAUCAGUCGACCCGCUGGCAUUAAUGCAGCCGCUGGCAUUAAUGCAGCCGCUGGCAUUAAACCUGGUGUAAUGCAGGCGCUGUUGUUAGUUUUCAUGUCCAUUUGUUUCUUUUUCAACUGUUAAAGAGGUUUCCUUCUUCAUCAUUUUAUUCCAGCUUAUAAACAUUUUUAGUCAAGUUUAAUAAGUUUUUGGAUCGGCGAAGCAUUUGAAUUAACUGUAAGCUUAUCUUAAGUCUAAAAUAAUUCCUUUUAGUAAUUGGAUUUAUUUCUUAACCGCUUGAACGACCACUUCUUAUAAAAGUAUUUUAGAAAUUGAAAAUAAUGAAAAUUAAAAUAAGUUUAAAAAAACAUUAUUUUUUAGUCAACCAAUUAAACUA